AUGACUAUCAGAGCUUCAUCGUGGGGCGCAUGUCAAAGGCGGACAUUGGCAGCGUCUCUCAAGAGCCUGGGCGACUGGGGGGACCCGGCGGGGCGCAAGGCGUUUCUCAAGGCGUACGGCAAGGAGCAGCUCGCCAAGGCGCGGGCCAAGAAGGCGCUCGAGGCGCAGCUGGCCCCCACGCGCGAAACGCGGCGGCGGGCGCUGAUGGCGAGGCUCGGCACCACCAGUGGGAACUUGGAGCAGCAGCGGCAGCACCCUGAGCAGCAGGAACAUCAGCAGCACCUUACACCGGCGCAGGCGGACGCCGACGCGGUCGCGACCGCCGCGGCCCUGGGCCAGCACGCGGCUGUCGAGGCGCUCGAGGCGGUGCCCGGCGACGACGGCGUUGCGGAUUCUGAAGCUGCGGCAGCGGCGCUGGAUGCGGCGGUCGCCCUCGACCAGGGGCCAUGGGCUGCGGCCGCGCAGCACCACGCAGGCCAGAUUGACCGCGGCAGCGCCGGUGGCAGCACAGCAGCCGCAGGCUGGGGUGCUGACGCGGGCCUGGGGACCUGCAACGCGCCGCAUUUUUUUGAGCGGCGGCCGUCCGAGGCGGGCUCGGGCGGCCGACAGGCACCGGCAGUAGGGACUGGAGCAGGGCCCGCGGAUGGCGAGCUGCCGGCUGGCGGGGAGCCCGCCACAGGUGCCGCUGCCCAUGCACCCGCUCAGGUGCAGGAGGAGCAUGAGUCGUCCGCAGCUGCCGUGGAACAGCCCGCCGCAUUGCAGGUAGGUGCGGCUGCUGCGGCCGCUGCUGAGCAGGAGCUGCAGCAGGAGCGGUUGGCUCAGCAGCAGGACUGGCCUCAGCAAGAAUGGGACGACGAAGGGUGGGGCGAGGACCUCGCGGACCAGUCUCAGCAGCACCAGCAGCAGGAGGAGGAGCGCGCGCAGCCCCAGGAAGAGCCGCAGGCGCAACUGCAAGGGGAGGCACAGCAUGCAUUGCAAGCGGAGGAGCUGCCGCCUCCGCAGCAGCAGCAGCAGCAGUGGCAGGAGGAGGAGGAGGUUGAGGGUGUGGGGGUGGCGGCCCUGCGGGCGCAGGCCGAGCAGCUCAGAACGGCCCUGGCGGCUGCGCAAGCGGACGAGCAGGAGCAGCGCGAGGCGGUUGCCCUCCUGCAGCAGCAGCUCGCCGCGACUCAGCCACACCCGGCUGCCGGCCACCCUUCUGAUCCGGCCGCCAACGCCGACGCCGCCGCGCACCUGCGCGUGGCGCUCGCCGAGGCUGAGUCGGCCCUGCUGGCCAGCCGGGUGGAAGCCGCCGAGCAGCUGGGGGAGGCGAGGGCGCGGGUGGUUGACCUGGAGGAGGCCCUAGGCUGCGCGCGCCGCGAGGCGGCCGAGCACGCGGCCGCGCUCGCAGGCAUGCACGCGGACCACUUGGCGCUCGAGGCGCGCGCCGAGGCGCUGGCGGCGGAGGCGCGCGGCGCGGCCGCGCAACUGGACGACGCACAGGCCGAGCUGCGGGCCGCGGCGGCAGAGGCGCGGGACCUGGCUGAGCGGCUGGCAGCCGCAGAGGCGGCGUUGCAUCAGGAACGCGCGUCGCGCGGCGCCAACAGCGGCGCGGGCCCGGUUGCGGAGGCGGCCGCGGCCCUGGAGCGCGAGGCGGCAGCGCGGCGCUUGGCGGAGGAUGAGGUAGAGGCGCUGCGCAGCGCCGCGGCGGCACGUGAGUCGGAGCUCGUCGCCACCAUCUCAGAGCUGGAGGAUGCUCAUCUGGAGGCCGCCGCGGAGGCGGAGCGCCGCGUCGAGGCAGCGGCCGGCAGAGCGCACGCGCAAGAGGCGCGGCUGCGGCAGGAGCUUGCAGCAGCCCAGGCGCGUUUGCAAGAGGCUGAGGCCGAGGCGGCGGCUGCUCGUCAGGCGCUUCAAGAGGCCUCACCGGCGGCGCCCACGCCGCCGUCCCCCACGUCUGUUGCUGCAGCCGGCAGCAGCACUGCCGGCGCGAGCCCCGAGCAGCAGGCUGCCAAGCUUCGGACGGUCGCGCAGAAACAGAAGGAGCGCAUCAGGGAGCUGCAGAGGGAGAAGCAGCAGCUUCAAGACGAGCUGUCUUUGCAGCAGCAGGCCGCGGCAGCCGCCGCGGAAGAGCUGGCAGCGGCACGCCCCCUGGCCGCAGACAACAGCGCACUCGACAAUGGCGCCUCGCACGGUGACGAUGGCGCCGUGGGCUUGGCGCAGCUGCAGGCCCUGCAGUUCAGGGUCGAGGAGCUGGAGGCCGCCGCCUCAGAGGGGCGCGCCGCAGCGGAGCGGCUGCAGCAGGCAGAGGCGCAGGCCGCCAAGCUGCGGGCGGUCGCGCAGCGGCAAAAGGAGCGCAUCAGGGAGCUGCAGCAGGCCAAGGCGGCGGCGGGCGCCGCGGGCGCCAGCCUGGCAGGGCCGGUGGCGGGGGCGGAAGACGAGGAGGCAGAGCUGCACAGCUACAGGGAGCAGCUGGAGGGCUUCCAGGAGCAGCUGGCGGCCGCCACGGCGGCCGCGGCCGCGCAGGUGGCCGCGCUCGAGGCGCAGUUGGAGGAGAAGGAGGCGGAGCUGCAGGCGCGCGAGGAGGCGCGCGCCGCGGCGGAGGGCGCGCAGCGGGAAGCCGCCGAGAAGCUGGCCGAGGUGUGGGCGCAGCUGGACGGGCUGCAGGGGGUGAUGGAGGAGAGGGAGGCCGGGGUGCGGCAGCGAGAGGAGGCGGCAGAGGCGGCGGUCGAGGAGGCAGCGCGGCUUAGGGCGGCGCUCGAGGGACAGCAGCAGGGCGCGGCCGGCGAGUCGGGGGCGGGCGCCGCGGGCUUCUCGUUGGAGCCAGUUGCGGAGGCCGCUGGCGAUUGGGACGGGUGGGGCGACGAGCAGCACGCGGGAGGGGCGGCGGCCGCGGCGGGCCGCGCCUCAGAGGCGGCGGAGUUGGGCGAGCGGCUCGCGCGGGCCGAGGCGCAGAUUGCGGCCGCGCAGGCCGAGCUCGCCGCGGAGCGCGCCGCAUUGGGAGAUGCAGCGGAGCGCCUGAGGGAGGCGCACGCGCGACUGGCGGACGCGGAGGACGACCGCGACGCCGCGCUGCAGCGCGCGGCCGCGGCGGCGCGGCAGGUCUCCGAGUCCGCAGAGUGCGUCGACGACCUGCAGCAGCAGCUCGCGGCGCGCGAGGCGCAGCUUGCGGCAGCGCACGAGCGGCUCGCAGAGGCGGAGGGGCGGGCCGAGGCGUCCGAGGCGCACGCGGCGGCCGCGGCCGCGGGCCUGGAGCUGCGGCUGGCUGCGGCCGAAGCGUCGGCGGCGCAGGCGGACGGGCGCGCAGCAGCUGCAGAGGCCCUUGAGCGGCGGCUCGCCGCCGCCGAGCAGGCCGCGGCGCAGGCGCAGGACCGCGCGGCCGAGGCGGAGGCGGGGGCGCUGGCGCUCCGUGAGCAGGCGGCGGUUGCAGACGAUCUGCAGCAGCAGCUCGCGGCCCGCGAGGCGCAGCUGGCAGCGGCUGAGGAGAGGGUUGCGAAGCUGCUUGAAGAGCAGCAGCAGCAGCAGCAGCAGCAGCAGCAGCAGCAGCAGCAGCAGCAGCAGGUUGCUCAAGAGGAGCCUGCCAGCAGCUGGGGCGGCGCCGCCACCGGCUGGGGCAACGGCAACGACGGAUGGGCGUGCGACGCCUUAGAUGGCGCGGCGCCUCGCGCCGCAGCACCCAACCUGGCCACUCAAGACCAGGCGGAGGCGCUGCAGCAGCGGGUGGCGGAGCUCGAGUCGCAGCUGCGGGACGCAGAGGCGCGCGCCGCCGAGCCCGCCGCGGAGUCGGCCGCGGCCGCGCCUGGCUGGGGCGGCUGGGACGCGGAUGAGGGGGACGGUUCGCAGCCGGGGAUGGAAGUCGCUGUGCUGCAGCAGCGGCUGGCAGAUCUGGAGGCGCAGCUGCGGGACGCCCUUGAUGCGCGCCAGUCUCUGGAGCAGCAGCUGCAGGAGGCCGAGGCGCGCGCAGCGCACGCUGCCGCAACCGCGGUCGAUACGCCAGCGGCUGCUGGCUGGGGCGGCUGGGAUGCGGAUGGCGAGGCUGAGGCUGCACCUGUACAGGCUGAUGUGCGGGAUUCCUUGGAUGGUCUGCAGCAGCAGGUUUCAGAUCUGCAGGCGCAGCUGCGGGAAGCUGUUGAUGCGCGCCAUGCGUUGGAGCAGCAGCUGCAGGAGGCAGAGGCGCGCGCCGCCAGCGCCGCCGCCGGCCCCGGCGCCUCGGGGCCGGCGGCGGAGGCUGCGUGGGGCGGCUGGGGCGGCGAGCCCGAACCUGCAGCUGGCGACCCGCAGCUGGAGGCCGCGCACGCCGCGCACGAAGCCGCCCACGCCGCGCGCGCCGCUGCGGACGCCGCGGAGCGCGAGCUCGCCGCCGCGCGCGGCAACCUGGACGCCGCGUCCGCCGACCUCGCCGGCGCGCGCUCGCAGGUCGCGGCGCUCGAAGAGCAGCUGCAGGAGCGCGAGGCGCAGCUACUUGAGGCGCGUGCCGCGGCCGCGCCCAGCGGGAGCAUCGCCACGGACGCCGGCGGCGCUGGCGGCGGCGUCGCGGCGGCGGGCGGGGACUAUGCUGCGAAGUACCAGGCGCUAGUGGUGAAAUACAAGGCGCUGAGGGCGCGGCUCAUGGAGACCAAGGCGCAGGCCGACGAGGCAGAACGCCGGCUGGCGGCCGGAACGCGGGACGCUGAUGACGCUGCCGGCAGCGGCGCCGGCAGGGACGCAGAGGCAGAGGGGCGCCCAGGGCUCACUGCGCAGCUGGAGGCGGCGACCGCCGAGGCUGCCGCGGCGCGUGCGGCGCUGGCCGAAGCGGAGGCAGCCGCCGGCGCGGCCGCCGCGGAGCGCGAUGCCGCUGUGGAGGAGCGCGAAGCGGCGCUGGCGGCGGUGGAGGCGGCGGUGGCGGCGCGCGAGGCGCUCGCGUUGCAGCUCGCAGCGGCCACCGCGGGGCGCGACGCGGCGUGCGAGGGCCGCGACGCUGCAGCGGCGGCGUUGAAAGAGGCCGCUGCGGCGCGCGAUGCGUUGGCGGCCGAGCUCGCUGCCGCGACCGCGGGGCGCACUGCCGUAGAAGGGGAACGCGAUGCCGCGGCGGCUGCGUUUGAAGCGGCCGCCGCGGCGCGCGAUGCGUUGGCGGUUGAGCUGGCGGCGGCCACCGCAGAGCGCGAUGGGGCAUUGGAGGAACGCGACGCCGCGGCGGCGGCGUUGGGAGAGGCCGCCACGGUGCGUGACGCAUUGGCGGCGGACCUGGCCGCCGCUGCCGCCGCACGCGAGGCGGCAGACGCGGCGCGCGGCGAGGCGGCGGCCGCUCUUGAGGCCGCCGCCGCGGAGCGCGACCAGGCGGUGACAGCGCUCGAGGAAGCGGAGAUGCAGCUUGCGGACGUGAAGGAUGCGUUCGACGACGUGCGCCACGAGGCGGCAGCUGCCGCGCAGCUGCGCGCCGAGGCCGCGCGGCUGCGGGCGUCCGCAGAGGGCGAAGCAGAGGCGCGGGCGGCCGCCGAGGAGGCGGCGCGGGCCGUUGCAGAGGAGGUCGGCGGCCUGCAGGCGCUUCUGGCGGCGGCUGAGGAGGGGCGGGCGGCGCUUGAGGCGAAGGCUGCGGCGCUGCGGCAGCGCUGCGACGCGCUAGCUGCCGAGGUGGAGGCGGCCCACAGGGCCGCGGCCGCGGCGGCGGCGGCUGCGGCCGAGGAGGCCGAGGGAUUCAGGCGGAGCGUGGCGGCGCUGGAGGAGCGCGCCCAACAGGCAGAGGCAGCGGCUGCGGCGGCCGCCGCAGCCCCGGCCGGUCUAGAGGAUGAGCAGCAGCAGCAGCAACGCGAAGAGCAGGCUGCCACGGCGCUCGCCGAGGCGGCGGCCCUGCGGGAGCGGCUGGAGGCGGUGCAGGCUGAGCUGGCGCAGGCGCGACAGGAGCUGGCGGCUCAGGCGGAGGAUAUGCAGUUCCUCAUUGGGCGCGUCGAGGGCGGCGGCGGCGGCGGGGAGCAGCAGCAGGUGCAGGAGGAGCUGCGGCGGAGGCUGGCGGAGGCCGAGGCGGAGGCGGGCGCGCUGCGCGCUGACGCGGCGGCCGCGGAGGGCGCGCGGGCGGCGGCAGAGGGAGCGUUGGCCGAAGCCCGAGCCGAGCUGGCUGCCGCGCGCGAGCGCGUCGAGAAGCUGGAGCAGCAGCCCCUUGUCCCCACUGAGACCGCACCCUCAGCCCCGGCCGCCCCCCCGCGCCGAAGCUCCGACGGCGGCGCAGGCGAGGGCGAGAGCGCCGCCGACAACGCUGCCGCCGUGGCGGGGGGCGCGGCGAGCGAGGCCGGGGCGCUGCGGGCGCAGCUGGAGAGAGCCAAGACGCAGUUUUUGAAGCUGAAAAAGAUCAGCGCGGCGCGGCAGGACCGCAUCACAGAGCUCGAGUCCGAGGUCUUGGCGCUGCAGGCAGGCCAGCCCGCGCAGCUGCCCGAGCAGCAACUGCCACAGGACGGCGGGCGGGAGGAGGCGGAGGCUGCGCGCGCGGAUGCCCUGGCGCUGCGGGAGCGUUUAGCUGAGGUAGAGUCGCAGCUGCGGGGCGCCCUUGAUGCGCGCCAGGCGCUGGAGCAGCAGCUGCAGGAGGCCGAGGCACGCGCAAACGCCGACGCCAACGGCGGCCGAAGUGUUGCCGCCAACGCGAUCGCGGAGGCUGCACCGGCGGCCGAUGCGCCGGCGGACACGGCCGGCUGGGGCGGCUGGGACGCGGCCGGCGAGGCUGAGGCCGCACCUGCCCAGGCUGACGCGCCGGGCUCGUCAGAAGCGCUGCAGCAGCGGGUGGAAGUCCUGGAGGCGCAGCUGCGGGACGCCCUUGACGCACGCCAGGCUCUGGAGCAGCAGCUGCAGGAGGCCGAGGCGCGCGCCACUGACGCGGCGGCCACUGCACAAGCAGCCGCGCCCUCUGCUGGGUGGAGCGGGUGGGACGCGGACGGCGACGCUUCCGGCCAACCCGUGCAAUCCGAGGGCCAGGCAGACGCGCUGCAGCAGCGGGUGGCCGAGCUGGAAGCGCAGCUGCAGGAUGCUGAGGCGCGCGCCGCCGCCGCCCAGGCCGCAAACGGGGAAGCGGCGGCCAGCCGGCCGGCGGCCGAAGCAGCUCGGGGCGAGUGGGGUGCAGACGGCGGCGCCGCGGGUGAGCAGCCACAGCCAGGUGCUCCAGGUGACGAGGUGCUGCAUCAGCGGUUGGCAGAGGUGGAGUCCGAACUGCGGGGCGCCCUUGAUGCGCGCCAUGCGUUGGAGCAGCAGCUGCAGGAGGCUGAGGCGCGCGCCGCCUCCCCCGCUGCUGCAAUGGCGGCCAACGCGCCGCCUGCUGCCGGCUGGGGCGGCUGGGAUGCGGACGGCGAGGCUGAGGCGGCACCUGCUCAGGCUGAUGCGUCGGGCUUGGAAGAUCUGCAGCAGCGACUGGCAGGUCUGGAGGCGCAGCUGCAGGAUGCCCUUGAUGCACGCCAGUCUCUGGAGCAGCAGCUGCAGGAAGCCGAGGCGCGCGCAGCCGCCGCUGCCGCGACUGCGGUCAAUGCGCCGCCUGCUGCCGGCUGGGGCGGCUGGGAUGCGGACGGCGAGGCUGAGGCGACACCUGCUCAGGCUGACGCGCCGGGCUCGGAAAAUCUGCAGCAACGGGUUGUAGAUCUCGAGGCGCAGCUGCGGGACGCCCUUGAUGCACGCCAGUCUCUGGAGCAGCAGCUGCAGGAGGCCGAGGCGCGUGCCGCUGCCGCCGCCGCCACUGCCGCCGCCGCCGCUGCCGCGCCGCCGCUGGAUGCGCCGGCUGCUGCUGGCUGGGGUGGCUGGGAUGCGGACGGCGAGGCCGAGGCUGCACCGGCCAAGGCUGGCGCGCGGGGCUCCUCGGAUGGUCUGCAGCAGCAGGUUUCAGAGCUGCAGGCGCAGCUGCGGGACGCUGCUGAUGUGCGCCAGGCGCUGGAGCAGCAGCUGCAGGAGGCAGAGGCGCAUGCCGCCAGCGCCGCCACCGCUGCCGCGACGGCGGCCAAUGCGCCGCCUGCUGCCGGCUGGGGCGGUUGGGAUGCAGACGGCGAGGCUGAGGCCGCACCUGCUCAGGCUGAUGAUGCGCGGGACUCCUCAAAACAUCUCCAGCUGCGGGUUUCAGAUCUCGAGGCGCAGCUGCGCGAAGCCCUCGAUGCACGCCAGGCGCUGGAGCAGCAGCUGCAGCAGGCCGAGGCGCGCGCAGCGCACGCUGCUGGUCUGCCCGCUGCCGCCUGGGGCGGCUGGGAGGCCGACGCGGAGGCCACAAGCGAUGCGCAGGGCCAAUCCGCGGCCUCACCAGGUUUGCUGCAGCAGCGGGUCGCUGAGCUGGAACAGCAGCUGCAGGCAGCAGAGGCGCGCGCGGCUGGCGCGCCGGCGAGCGCGCCGGUGGCCGCGCCAGCCGCCGCCUGGAGCGGUUGGGACGCGGACGGCGAGGCUGAGGCUGGGGCCGAGCCUGCGCAGACGGACGCUUCCAGAUCUUUCGAGGAAAUGCAGCAGCGCAUUGUAGACUUGGAGGUGCAGCUGCAGGCUGCCCUCGACGCGCGCCAUGCUCUGGAGCAGCAGCUGCAGGAGGCAGAAACGCGCGCCGCCGUUGAUGCCGUCUCCGCGCCGGCGGCGGCACCCGCGGCCGGCUGGGGCGGCUGGGAUGCUGAUGAGGAUGCAGCAGCUGACGAGGAGCCCGCGCGAUUCGGCGGCCCCGAUUCGCCUGGGGCGCUGCAGCAGCGGGUGUCAGAGCAGCAGGCUGCCGACGCGCGCGGCGACGCAGGAGAGGCCAACUCAAACGGUUGGGAAGCUGCUGGCGAUGCCGUAGCGCCGGGGCUUGCAGAGGGUGAGGGCGGGGCCGCCGCUGAUGGCGACGGCGGCGCUGCCGCCCUCGCGGCGAGGUUGGCGGACGCGGAAGCGGCUCUCCAGGAAGCUGCGGCCCGGCUGUCGGCGGUGGAGGCCGAGCUUGCUGACAAGGAGGAGGCGCUCGCUGCGCUGCAGGCCGAGGGGGAGGAGCUGCGGGCGGCGCUGGAGGAGCGGGAGGGGCAGCUGCUCUCGGAGGUCGAACUCAAGGCGGCGCUGCAGCGGCAGAUUUGUGAUCUGUCGGCCCUGCUAGAGACGCGCCAGGCCAACAUGAACCAGCUGUUUGCCCAGGUCGCCGAAGCCACGGAUGCGGCGUCAGCGGCCGCGUCCGAGCUGGAAAAUCAAAAGGCGGCACUGGAGGCCACGGUCGCCGCACGCGUCGCCGACACCCUCGCCUCGCUGCGCGCAGACGCGGCGGCGGGCGCUGCCGACUGCGCCGCGUCGACGGCCGCGGGCGGGGCAGGACUCGCAGCCGUGCCGUUCGGGGGCUUCGGCCCCGAGGAGGAUGCGGCCGGGGGCGGCUGGGGCACCGCGGCCCGCCGGAGCAGCGCGAGCGCGGCCGGCGGCGCGGGGCCGUUUGGCGCAGACGACGCGGCGGCAGGAGAGGCGAGCCCCGCGGCCAGCAAGGCGCAGCUGGUGCGGCAGCUCGAGGAGUCGCGCCUGGAGGCGGCCUCGCUCUCCGCCGAGCGCGAGCGCGAGGCCGCGGCCGCGGCCGAGGCGCGGCGCGCGGCGCAGGAGCGGGGGAUGCAGCUGCAGGCGGCGCAGUCGGCGCUGGAGGAGGCGCGGGCGGAGGCCGCGGCGGCGCGGGAGCAGGAGUCGCGCCUGCAGCAGCAGCUCGAGCGGGCAGUCCAGGAGUCCGUGGUCCAGGCCCAGGCAGCGUUGCGCCCUGCGCUGGAGCAGGCGCAGUCCGGGCGGCGCGCGGCGGAGGCUGACGUGGCGGAAUUGAGGGAGGCGCUGGCGGGCCGCGACGCGGCGAUCGCGGAGCUGGGGCAGCGCCUAGCGGCGGCCGAGGCGCGCGGAGGGGCCGGCGAUGCGGGUGCGCGGGAGGGCGACGGCGAGGGAGCCGCGGCGGCGGCUGACCGAGGGGAGGACGCAGUGCAACAGAAGGAGCAGCAGCAAGGGCAGCAACAUGAACAGCAGCAGCAGCAGCAGCAGCAGCAGCAGCAGCAGCAGCAGCAGCAGCGGGACGCUGAGCUGGCGGAGCUCCAAGCGGAGGCCGAGCGGCUGCGGGCCGAGCUGGCUGUCGCCCAAGCCGAGGCAGAGGAGCGGCGCACGGCGUUUGCGCAGCUGCAGCAGCAGCAGCAGCAGCAGCAGCAGGACGCGAUGUCCACGCCCUGGCCCGCCGCGCGCUCGCCAGGUGCGGCCGCCGCUGUCCCCUCGGUCGCCAGCAGCCGGGCGUUCCAGGCGCUGCGGGAGCACCGGCCCCCGGGGCCGCGAGGGCUGUUUGCUGUCUACUUUGUGGCGGUGCACGCGGCCCUCACCGCAGUCGCCAAGUCGAGAGGGGCCGCCGGCCACGGGCGUUCCCCGAGCUCGCAGGCCGGGCGCCAGGGCUUCGCGGCGGCGCCGCCGCCGCGCUCGUGGGGCGGCGACGGCAGCGGCGGCGGCGGCGGCGGCGGCGGGCUCGAGGGGGCUUUCCUGGCCGCCGCGUCGCCGGCCGCGGCAGCCGCAGAGGGUGGCUUUGGGGGCGGGGCUGACGUGGCGGCCGGGUACGGGUUUGAGAGUGCGCCCCGCGCUGCCAUCACGUUUGCGGCAUCUGGCGGCAGCGGCGCCCUCGAAGAUGUGCUGCUCUGA